AUGAGUGAGUACUUCGAGAGAUGUGGUAAGAUGACAAUGGUAGCCAAUAAUCGACGGCAAUUCGUGAAAGGUUUCAGUAUUGGAGUCGUGCUUACCUUCAUUGCUCUGACUUGUAACAGUUAUUAUGGAAAUCAGUUCAUUCAGUGGACGACGACACGACAUAGCAAUCUGGAGAACGGUUGUAACCAUGGUCCAGCAGCAAGCUUUCGUCGCACCGAGGACAGCAAUGCUUUCAGUGAUGAUAAUUCUACUGCUGAUAAACUUCGUGAACAAGUUCGUGUCCUUGUCGCUAUCAUGACUGCCCUCAAGAAUAUUGAAACCAGAGCCCAGGCAGUUAAAGACACUUGGGCAAAGCAUUGCAGCGAAAUUAUAUAUUUCAGCACUGGAGAGAAUAAGAAAUUUCCAACCGUUCGUCUCAAUGUACCUGAAGGUAUGAACCAUCUCACUCCCAAGACAAUGGGAGGUUUCGAUUAUAUGUACGAUCACUAUUUCAACGAUUUUGACUGGUUUAUGAAGGCUGAUGACGACACAUAUGUGAUCAUGGAGAAUCUGCGCUAUUUCUUGUCAAGCCAGAACUUUAGCCAACCUGUGUCCUUUGGCCAGCACUUUGUACUUUAUGACGGACAAGAAUAUCAGGAUGGCGGUGCCGGAUAUGUCCUCAGCAAAGAAUCCCUGCGAAGAUUUCGUCACAGGGGAAACAAUUCUAAAUGUGUAAAAGAUGGCGCUUACGAAGACGUGGAAAUGGCACAUUGUCUGGAAAGUCUUGGUGUGCAAAUCGUCAACAGUAAAGACUCACAAGGCAGGAGUAGGUUCCAUACAUUUGUCCCGUCAGUUCACAUCCAUGGAACGUAUCCAAAGUUUUAUAAUCAUCAUAAUCGAGGAGAUAACAAGGGCAUCGACAGUAUGAGCGACUAUGCUGUUAGCUUCCACAGAGUCACUCCGUCAAUGAUGUGGGAAUUAGAGUUCUAUGUUUAUCACCUUCGGCCUUAUGGUAUUUGCAACGUAAAGGAGAAUCUUGAAUUAAAGAACAACAAAAGCUCUAGCAAUUAA